GCCCCCGCGGCGGAGCCGGAACUACGUUUCCCAGAGCGCCGCGCGAGGGAUGGGCGGGCGGCCGGUGCGGCCGGGGAGCGGCGAGGCGCUGGCUGACGGGAGGUGUCUCCGGUUCCUGGAGCAGGAUGUAUACUCUGCUGUCUGGGCUCUAUAAAUACAUGUUCCAGAGAGAUGAGUACUGCAUCUUGAUCCUUGGCUUGGACAAUGCUGGUAAAACCACCUUCCUUGAACAAACUAAAACUCGAUUUAACAAGAACUACAAAGGGAUGAGUUUGUCCAAAAUCACAACCACUGUAGGCUUGAACAUUGGUACUAUUGACGUUGGCAAAGCUCGGCUGAUGUUCUGGGAUCUUGGUGGGCAGGAGGAGCUGCAGUCUCUCUGGGACAAGUAUUACGCUGAAUCUCAUGGGGUGAUCUAUGUUAUUGACUCCACUGACGAGGAGAGGCUCUCAGAAUCUAAAAGAGCUUUUGAGAAGAUGAUCACCAGCGAGGCUCUGGAGGGGGUUCCCAUUCUGGUGUUAGCCAACAAGCAGGAUGUAGAGACUUGUCUGUCAAUACCUGACAUCAAGACAGCGUUUAGUGACUGCAUUAACAAAAUUGGGAAGAGAGACUGCCUGACACAGGCCUGCUCCGCCCUUACUGGCAAAGGAGUGAACGAGGGAAUUGAAUGGAUGGUGAAGUGUGUGGUGAGGAAUAUUCACAGGCCCCCAAGAAAGAAGGACAUCACGUAAGAAAAUCCAAGCCAGCCAAGGAACGGACAGUCAUUUCCACACAGUUUUGUGUCCUCUUUAAAGGAAGGUAGUCCACUGGAUUCCUGUUACACCCGAUUCUUUCCUGAAUUUGGAGACAAAUAUUUACUUUCUGUGUCUAAAAAACCUGAGCAAAGGAUUCCAAGUGGGUGGGGGGGUGGGAGUCUCUUACAUUAAGUAUUAAGCCGCUGGUCUGAGAACAUAGACCAAGUGGCAGCCUACACUUUGCAGAUGCAAAGGACUUAAUUUUCUACUGUAUUACUUUGUGAUUCUUGAUUAAUUAGUCUAACAGGCUAGAGGCCAGUGACGUGAAGGAGCUCCUGAAGGAACCGUGUAGGUCAAUGUGAGAGGGGAAGGAAAGCCUGGGGACGGUUGUCCCUUCUGCCAGAAGACACCUUGCUGCUUCAGCCCCAUGGUUGCUGUGGGUGGUGUUACUGACCCUGUUAUGCUGCUGUUUGUAUAAUGGGGAGAGGCAGUGUUGAUUAUCACUUGAUUUUCAGUCGGCACAUUGAUUUGUAACUUUUACCUGUGGUAAAUGCAGAUAUUGAAGCCAGCAGCUGCACAGUGGUGCAGAGUUGGAGGUGGGUAUAUGAAGUGCAGAAGCACUGCCUUGCUCUGACUGCCAGUCUCUUGUGUGUUCUCAUUAAUUGUAAGAAGAAUUGGUAUCUUCUGUAACUGGAAUGAAUUGAGGCCCUCUGUGUGAUCUCUCUAGGCUGAAAGCUGAACCUCAAGGCAGGGAGAAAUCAGUAUGCAAUAAAGCUUCUUACUUUGAA